CUGAGUCUGCUCUCUGUAAACUGUGUUUUCUCUUUCUUCCUCAGGCCACAUCUCUCCGUGGAAGGCCUCCAAACAGUUGCCUGACCAGUGGGACCCACAUGGCAGCCCCCAAGCCAACCUGUCCGGCCCGGGUCUGCAGCCCAGCAUGUCGUUCCCAAACCAGCCCCAGCACCGCACGUCUGUGCCGGACUCCACCGAGGGCUUCGAUCUUAACAAACCGGAUCCCUACGACCUCUACGAGAAGUCAAGGGCCAUCUACGAGAGCCGACGUCCAGAGUAUGAGGAGGUGGAGGUGCACCUGCUGAGGGAGAAGACCGGGUUUGGCUUCCGCAUCCUGGGGGGAGACGAGGCCGUGCAGGCUGUGAGUCCGGACGCCCGUGACAAGGCUCGUAUGGGACGGGCUGGACCACACACAUAUUUAACCUCAUACACACCAACACCUUACCUGCACCUAACCUCAUCUCACUCUUCAUCCAGCUACACACAUUUAACUAACAUACGCUGCACACACAUUUACACACAAGCACUCACAUUGUCCUAACUGCUCAUUGCCUCCCAUACUGAAAAACCACAUUUAAUGUCCAAGUGUGAAACAGCAUGAAAACGAGGGGUUACGUAUGGUAACCCUUAUUAUAUAAACACAGGCGGAGUCCUCUACUGGAAUCUUUGGGUAC